AUGGCGGGGUUAAAUUCGACGCAAGAUUUCCCUCUCUCGGCGACGAACAAGAACCAAAUGGAGAAUAUCGAGGAUGUUGAUACUCCAGAGAGCGAUCUUCAAGCUAACCUUGGUACGCGUGUUGAGCUCACGGAGGAAGAUAACAAGAACAUCCGGCGGAAGACAGACAAACGGAUCUUAACAAUCCUCGUCUGGGUUUACUUCCUCCAAAUCCUCGAUAAAUCCGUUCUGGGAUACGCCUCAAUCUUCGGCCUCCAGCAAGACACCGGUCUCAAAGGAAACCAGUACUCCCUAGUCGGUUCCAUUGCACAAAUCGCCCAGCUAGUAUGGCAGCCGUUUUCUUCGAUACUCAUCGUCAAAGUCCCACAUCGCAUCCUCAUGCCAGCACUCGUUCUCGGAUGGGGAGUUGCGCAAACGGCAAUGGCAGCGUGUCAUAGUUAUCGUGGUCUUCUCGCUACUCGAUUCUUUCUCGGGCUCUUUGAAGCGGGGUGUUUACCCCUUUUUAGCGUAAUUACUAAUCAGUGGUAUCGUCGAGCUGAACAGCCGAUUCGAGUUGCUGCUUGGUAUGGGACGAAUGGACUGGCUACGAUUGCCGCUUCCGCACUUUCCUUUGGAUUAGGUCAUAUCCGGUCAGAGGUUCUUAAGUCUUGGCAGAUAAUAUUCCUCUUCGUAGGCCUUAUCACUAUAGUCAGCGCGCCCUUUGUGUAUUUUUUCUUGGAAAAUUCUAUUACAACAGCCCGCUUCUUAACGCCACACGAAAGGGAACAGGGUGUCGAACGUCUUCGCGCAAACCAAACCGGAAUCGGCUCCCGAGAUUUCGAAUGGAGUCAGGCUUGGGAAGUCCUCAUUGAACCCAAGACCUACCUUUGGAUCAGCAUGGCUAGGUUUCGACAAAUACAUCACGUCCCUGCUAAACAUCCUUUCGGCGCCGUGCAAUUCAUCAUCAUCAUGCUCGCCUGCUACGCAGCCCAGAAAGCCCGAGUCAAAGCCCCCAUGCUCCUAUUUCUCGUCAUGCCAGUAAUAGCAGGUCUGGCAAUGCUGUACGCGAUUCCUAGAAACAAGACCGCGAGCCUCCUAGCAGGCUAUUACCUCCUCGCGUUCAUGUUUGGCAACAACCCGUUGAUCGUAAGCUGGAUUGUGGGCAACACUGCAGGUACGACGAAGAAGUCCAUCAUCAUGUCCGUUUACAACGGCGCGGCAUCCGCGGGGAACAUGGUCGGGCCCUUGCUUUUCAACGCGAGUGAUGCGCCGGCGUAUCGUCCCGGGCUGAGGGCCGUGCUUGCCAUUUUCGCUGCGCUAGGAGUAGCUGUCUUGCUUCAGUGGGCGAAUCUGAUGUUCUUGAAUCGGUUGCAGCGGAAGAAGAGGGUUGCGAAUGGUAAAGUGGCGGAUAUGAGGGAUCUUUCGAUGGAGGAUCGGUAUAUGGGGGUUGAUGGGGAAGGGGUGGGAGAGCAUGCGUUUGAUCUGACGGAUAGGAAGAAUGAUGAGUUUGUGUAUAUUUAUUGA